AUGCCAUUGCACUGCCUGCGGCUUCUGCAAACAUCCCCCUUGCAUCUUCUCGCAUACCUCUUCUCUACCACACUUUUUGCACAAGUUAAAAACGGGGAAGCUAUCUUGAUGUUGCUGCUUCUGCUUCUGCGCCUCAUAUACAGCUGCUGCCACAGGAGGCAUGCAUGCGGCUUCUGCGCCUUCCUUUGCACGCAUCCCCUGUUGUUCCCGUCUCCACCCUCGGAACCCGGCGCUGAAAACUUCAAACCACGAGAGCAUGGCGGCAUGCUUGUUCUGCUGCGCUCGCUCCUCUCUAAAUGUUUCAACGUUCGGACAAACGGCAGUCAUGCUGCUCCUGCCUGCGCUUUCUGCACACAUGCCUUGAUCACACAUAUGCUCUUCUUCUUCCCUUGA